GGCGUAUAUAUUUCCCAGUUCAGUGACGAUGCCGCGGCUGUGUGUGGCCCUCUUCCUCCUUGCAUCGGCUGCCUUCGCCGCAAUCGACUUCCUCCCCACUGCCGAUCAGAACGGUAAGCCACGCGGUGUUCUCUCUUGACAACAUCCUUGUUGAGCCUUGUGCUUUCUCAGGUGUCAGUGACCAUGAGGUCUGUAUUAUCGGCGCCGGCCCCUCAGGCGUGGGCGCGGCUCACCACCUCGUGCAAAAGGGCUACUCCAACAUCCUGAUGCUGGAAAAGCUCGACAGAAUCGGCGGCAAAUGCAGGGACAUCGAGCGAGUGGACAACGCGAACGGAAAGCCCGUCAACCGCACCUACCCCCUCGGUCAAAUUGUCAUCAUACGGGACUACGAAGAGAUCCGCGAGCUCGCCGACAUCUACGGUCAGAAAUUCGAACUGUUCGCGUUGGGUGUGCCGCAAGACUUCUACGUCGACUUCAACGCCAAACCGCUGUUCACCCCUGCUCCACCCUCAUGGCCCACCAUCGCCAGCUUCAGCCCCCUCGAACUCAACAGCAUCGAGGACAUCGAGGAGAUCACGGUGGCCCUCACCGCCGCUACGGCGUAUACGGCCAUAUGGAAGUCUUACGUCGCCAUUGACGAGAAGACCGGCGAGCCGGAUCCAAAGCGACCUCUCGGCGAUGAGCCGACUCUUUCAUCCAUCGACUUCGACCGCUACCCAGAGCUUGCCGACCCGGCCAACAAGUUCAUUGCAGACCGCUUCACAGAGUACGGCCUCGGUCCGAAGCACAUCGAGUUCAUGCAGAGAGCCCAAUUCCCGCUGGAAGCGUCCGGCUACCUUUCUGCCGAUUUCACUCCGAUGGCGUAUUUCUUCAAGGCCUUCACGCCACCUCUGCUGGUGGAGGGUGUAUUGGGCACCAUUCAAAGAAUAGUCGGAGGCUGUACAGCGCUUCUGGAGGCCAUGGUGGACACGCUGUCUGCCAAGGGAAAGCUAGAGGUCUUGCUCAGUGCGGAGAUCGUCAACACUGUGCGAGAGCCCGAUCAGCCGUCACUGGUCCAGCUGUCGGACGGCACUGAAAGAACCUGCGAUCGGAUCAUCGUAGCGUUUCCUCAGAUCACGGCGGACAUGCAGUUUUUGGACUUGGACGAGGAGGAGAGCGAUGUGUUCGGGAGAGUUUUCAUCGCGCCAUACGCCUCCACGCUUCUGGACUUCUCGUACGAGAAAAUGCCCAAUACCAAGAGCUCCAGGCUAUAUGGCAAUCUCGAUACGUCGGUCGAGCCUCACGCUUAUCGAUCAGUCGUCGGUAAAGGCCAGCCGGCGGUGAUAGCCGCACCUUACGGUUCGCAGGCAGGAGCCGGCCUUCUGAUCUACCAGAGUUAUGAUCGACAGCAGGGACUUUGGAACGAGACGCUUAAGCAGGACAGCGUGCAGAUCGUGACGGACAUGUUCUUCGACGGCGAUGCGAGUGAGUACAAGGCCAACUUGACCGAAGUCGACUUUUGGACCUACGUGAGUAUUCAUUCAAAGGGAGAGGGACCCCAUCAUCUGUUCACACUUUGUAUCCUUCCUGCAUGCAGUUUCCCCACGUGAGUGGCGAAGAGAUGCGGGCGGGCUUCUACCAACGGCUGGAGGCGCUGCAGGGCAACAGGAAGACCUACUUCACAGGCGGGCUGUGCAACUUCGACACCCUCGAGCUUUCCAUGCUCUACAGCCGACACCUGGUUAAGACAUACUUCUGAGUUUGCAUGACAGCGCCCACUCGCUACCAGAGAAAAGGUACGCAUGCUCACACACACACACACACACACACUCAUAUAGAUCCGUGUCUCACAUACUUGUCAUCUGUCUCUCUCUCUCUGCGCCUGUGUGUAUGGGGUAGAUUUGGAGUUUUAUGACAUCAUUCUUGAUCCAGAUGAGACAGAGGGCGUUUUGCUCCGGCCAGAUGUGUGUGUGUGUGUGUGUGUGUGUGUGAGCAGCCCCCCGAUAGGGGACGCUCGAUUUAGUUGCGCACCGACACAGGAUUGGGAGCCUCUUUUGAGGCCCCGCAACUCCUGUGCCGGGGACCAGGGCGGUCAUGCCGGCAGUUCCCUGGAUUUGUUCGGGAGGGGGGGGCCCCCCUGGAUGGAGGGCGAUGGUUUGCAUGCAUAGCAUGCUGCCGGUGCCCAACCACCCUUGUUCUGCUUUGUUUUCUUGGUUGUGUCUCUUUCGUUCUCAUGUCUCUUGUUUGUCUGCCUCGUGUCUCAUGUUUGCCUGUCUUUUCGGGGUGUUUUUCCGUGCAUGUGUCUGUGAUCGUCCUUCCUGCCUUCUGUUUGUUUUCUUUACCUCAGUCCUUGUUUGUUUGUUUGUUUGUUUGUUUGUUCACAAGACAUUCUCACUUCAACCGUUCUCAUGCGGCCCCCUCAUGGCUUGCCUGUCCAUUAUGGUGUGGGUUUGGUUGGUGCUGAAGGCCUACCUGUUUGAUAGAGGUGCUGACCGGGCUGGACCGCGGAUGUGUGUGUGAUACCCCGCCACCGUUCGUGUGGCUGCAGACACACAGGGAUGGCUCUGGUCGGUCUUUCUUUAAAGCUUUCGUGCACCCCUUUUUUACCUCUCUGCGUACGUACACCUGUGUGUGGGUGUGUGCGGGUGUGUGUGGGUGUGUGCGUGUAUACAUGUGGUCAACAUGUGUGCACGCACUUCUCUCUCUGUUUCUGGCCCAUGUGUCUCUCUCGGUGCCACUUCGUGUGUGUCAGUAUGUAUGAUGCAUGUGCAUAGCUCUUGAUGUG